AUGUUACAACGUAUUCAGCAUGAUGAAGAUUUCUUGAAAAAGGUGUGUUUCUGUGAUGAGGCCACGUUCCAUGUGUCUGGUACAAUAAACAGCCACAACGUACGAAUUUGGGGUUCUGAAACCCCACAUGCAGUAGUCGAGCUUCAACGAGACAGCCCAAAGGUUAAUGUGUGGUGUGGGCUUAUGCACAACAAAAUCAUUGGUCCUUUCUUCUUCAUAGAAACCACAGUUACUGGCUGCGUGUACCUGGAUAUGCUUCAAAACUUUGCUCUUCCUCAGUUGGAAGAAUUACAGCCGAUUGUUUACUUCCAACAGGAUGGUGCACCACCAUACUGGUUGACAACAGUUCGGGAACACCUCAACGAAACUUUUCCCAACCGAUGGAUUGGACGGGGUGGCCCAAUUCCAUGGCCACCAAGGUCUCCUGACAUAACACCUCUCGACUUCUUCUUGUGGGGUUAUUUAAAGGACAUUGUUUACCGGACACCGGUUAAUGACAUUGAUGACUUGAAACGCCGCAUUACACAAGCUUUUAGUACAAUCAGGCGACAUGUUACAGCGUACCUGGCUUGA